GCAUCUUAAUGGACAUGGGCAGCGCACAAGAGGGAAAGCAAAGUUCAUCAGGUGCAAAGCACUGAGCGGAUGUCGGUGAAAGCGAUGCAAACCAGGAGGCUCCUCGGUGUGGGAACUAUGCUGGGAACGUGCACAGUUAAUGAGUGGAUUUCUAAUGGGAUUAUUCUGUCCUCUGGCCCCACUCGCUCUUGCUUUGACUGCAGACUCAGCCUGGGAACCUCCAUCCUUUCCUUGAAAAAUAUAAAUCUGUCUGGUGUGCAGCUCCCCGCUGUAUCUGUGUGUGGUUUGUUCUUGUAACUCUGACGAGUGCCUUGGCAAUGCAGCUUUUGUGGUAGCAGUCACUUCUCUCUGGUUAAAACACAGAAUAGUCAGGCAGGGGCAGUUCCUGAGGGGGGCUGAGAACCUACAACCUCCAUUGACAGAGAAGGGUGGGUUACACAGAACCUCUCAGGCUCCAGCCUAACACCUUGUUGUUGAAGACACCUCCCCAAAGGGGCUGUUCUCCCCUUUGUGUGUGUGUCAGGGCAGGGGUAGAUUUCAUCUCCGGGGGAGGAGUCCUUAUUUUCCUUUUUUUUUUUUUUUUUUUUUUUUUCUCCAUGUGAAUUUAGUGCUCAUGCAAAAUGGGUGCCCCACAGAACAGCCCUCCCCUCCCCCCGCCAACCAGCAUGGUAUGGUAUAGGCAGCAGCACAACCAGCUUACCCCCAUCGGACUAGAUGGCUCUGGUCCUUGUGUGGGCACGAGUGGAAUUGUCAAGGCACCUCGCAGUGCUUACUGGAGAACGCAGGGACUACUCCCGCCGCAAGGGACUAAUCCCUCCCUGAGCUCACCUGGGGGCAGCAUGACCCAGGGCCUCUUUAAUGCCAUGGUCUGGUCCAUUGCCACAAAUUGUGGGAGGGUAUUUUCAUCUCCUUGACUUUUCUGCUGAUACGGCCAACAUGGAACCCGGCUGGGUGUGUGCUGUGAUGGGGACACCUGCCUGAAACGCUGAAGUCAUUUCACCUCCAUCCCCAAACAGCCAUCAGGUGGUAAUGACUUUCAGUCUCUAGACAGGAUUUGAACCAGCAAAUGAAGGGCAAAGAACCUCCACUGAGGUGAGUUAUGCACAUACGUUGAAGGGCGAUCACCCAACUAAGCGUGCAAUGGAGAGAUCAGUCCUCCAGAAUCUACUGCACUGCAGAGGUUGGGUUUUUACUCCUUGCCAUCACUUAAGUUGCAAAUGAACUCCUCUGCAAAACGGUGCCGCUCUGUUACCUCUUAGUAAUAUACAGAGCCCAAAUCCAAACUGGAUGGUGCUACAUUCAAAACACACAACCACCCCGCUGCCCACUCCCCAGCUCUUCCUUGGGGCAAUUAGCACUAAAUGAAGCAAUUACUUUGGCAGCAGAAUCAGCUCGCUGUCUUGUUGGGGUGGGGUGGGAGGAGGCAAAACGGCAUAAAGCUUAUUCUCUGCAUUCUCUCUGUAGAAAAUGGCCAUGCGUAAUUUAUUCUCCCUGGCUGCUGCAGUAUAACUUUAAUGCACACCGAUUCUAUUACCAGCAAAACCCGCAAAGCUGACCUCGGCUCUUGGGAGCUCACUACAGAUGUCAGAACAACCCGAAAGUUACGAAAGGGCACAGCCAUGUUCCCCCCCAUCAGUGCAGUUGGCUGUGACUACAAUGUACUCCAGACCUAAGAGUCUUUACCAGUGGGAUAACUCUGCUGCUAAAGAUUCUGUGGAGAGCCUGUCUCACACCACCUCGUCCCUCCAGCCCUCGCCAGCCGUCUCCACCCAUACCUCAAGGGUCGCAGACCCCUCCUCCUCUGUAGGCAGUGCCACCACGGACGCCUCUGCUUCCGAAGAGACCAGGAGUGAGUCGGAGUCAGUCUUCCUCCCCGAUUACCUCUUCCUAUCGAACUGCGAGACGGGCAAGUUCAAUCAUAUCAGAUGUGACAGCUGGUCAAAUUCCGACAGAUCCCUGGAGCAGGCCUCAUCAGAUGACGUUUUUGUUGAUGCCUUGCAGUCUCAACCCUCCCUUCACGUACAGCCAUCUGGCAACGGCGUGGUGCACCAGGAUGGGGGCCAGCCAGCUAAUCAUGGGAUUCUACCCAGAAGCAUAGACAUUAGCGGGCCGUUCAGUGAUGUCUCCUCCUCCUCUCCGCUCUCAGGGCCUCCUUUAACACCAACCUUUCAGAUUGAUAAAAGCCAAGCCGCGCUGCCCUAUGGCGUAACCGAACUGGAUAUUUUGUCUAACACGCCACCACCCCGGCCACCCAAACCAACCCAUUUCUCAGACCGGAGCGGGGAGGAGCCAUCCAACGGGGCUCUUCAGAAUGGACACGGUGGGAUCUGCGGGGCUCAGAUUGCCUUGGUGCCGAGAAGAAUCUCCUUGUCCAGUUUGGAUAACGUGCGGCACUGGAAAGCCAGCAUGGAAGGAAGCUCUCUCAGAAGUCGAGAUAAGAGGCUUAGUUUGAAUUUGCCGUGUCGAUUCACCCCACUCUACUCUUCAGCAUCGGACAGUACGGAGGACAGUUAUGUACCUAUGCACCCCAGCACCUCUCCGCCCAUCCCAGGAUCAGAUUGCUCACCCGAUGGCUACACUCCCAUGAGCCCAAGCUCAGCGACCUUUACCUUUCCUGUAGUCAACAAUGACAAACUCUCCAGUCCACUGCCAGAACUUCCCACAGACCUGGAACCACCUCCAGUGAAUCGAGAUCUCAAGCCCCGUAGGAAAUCACGACCCCCUCCGCUGGAUCUGAGAAACCUCUCCACCAUCCGGGAACACGCUACCUUGACCAGGAUGUGGACUGUGCCUUACAAUCGAACGAGCUUUAUCUCUCCAGAUAGAGACGGUAUUAAUUCAGCAAGAAUAUUUGCCAAUUCCGUUUCCGGAGAAGAGGAAGAAAGUUACAUUCAAAUGGAGCACAGCCAGGCAACAUCUCCAUGCAGUGGUGCUUUCCCAUGGUCAAGGAAGUCCAACCUUGAUUACUUAGCAUUGGAUUUUAAUUCCGCUUCCCCAUCCCCUGUACAGAAGAAACCUUUUCUCUCGGAAGAGCAGAGAGUAGACUAUGUCCAGGUAGAUGAACAGAAGACUCAAGCCCUACAGAACACUAAACAGGAAUGGACAGAUGUGAGGCAAUCUAAAGUUUAAAGGAGGAAGGAUUGGGGUUUGGUUUUUUGCACUGGAACAACAUUGUUAACCAAACAGCUGUAACAGCAGAGUUCAAAGGCAGACAGAGUGUAAGAACCUGGUGGUCUCUAGAGGAAUCACAUUUUUAAGGGAAAACCUUCAAGUUCAGCUGGAAAUAGUAUGUUGAAUGAGUGGUUUAUAGGAUUAUUAAAGUAACACAUUAAUCUUCUUUGCCACCCCUUGCAAGCAAGUUACAUGGUACAGUUUUAUGGCCUGAUUGCGGGAGUCACACAUUUAAUGGUAACAAAUGCCACUACAUGUUGCAUUUAUCUAUUUAACCCCGCCUUCUCCCUGUAUUAUGUAACUCCUUGUUGCUAAGGCUGUUUUUUGAUAUUCUACAAAUAUGCAGGUGCUAAGGCUGCUUAUAGCUUCUGGUAUCGGACAGGUGUUGGUGACUAAUCGACCAAGGGCUAAAAUACUGAAAUAAUAAAAAGCAGAACUUUUUAAUAUAUAUAUAUAUAGAGAGAGAGAGAGUGCUUAAGCAAACAGAAUUUUGGAGAAUAUUUUUCCCCCAGAUAUAAUGUCUGACUUUGAGUGACACUGUUAGAGACUAUAAAUAGGUCUUUGCACUGAUGGAACUGGAAUGCGUGGUAGUCAGCACCCCGACUGACGUUCAUCAUAUUGAAUUUCUUCUUUCUGUUGCGGUUCACGUCAUCACCGUUUCCGUCCAAUUGCUCCCGAUGUUUUCGCUCUGGUGUGAGGACUUUCUUCAGCACAACACGGCAGCUCCUCUGACAGGAAGCUGCUGACACACAAUUCUUCGCUGGCCAAAAAAUAAAAAAAGGAAGCUGUGCAUGAGCCUGUUUCUACAAGCCUUGGAAAGGUUGGCAAAAUAUCAAGCAUGUUUUUGUCUGAACUGCAAAAGAAGAAAUGCAAACAAAAUUCCUGAUAACGGUGAUCGACCUGAGCGUUUUGUUAGCCUCAUCCUAGCAAAAGAGGUAAUUAGGAAACACAGUCUUAGUCGGGAACUCAGGUAAUAAUGAGGGAAGUAGCAUUGUUAGGCGAGCAACUCUGCCUUGUAAAACAGCCACUUAAUACACUUCAGUGAUGUGAAGACCUGUAUUCAGGAAGCUUAUUUUCUUUAGUAUUUCUUAUGGGGGCAAUCUCAGGAUCAGAUAAGUGUAUGUUUUAUAAUGUAUUUAACUUUAUUAGUUUGCUUAAAAUCCUUAUUUCAAGAUGUGCACAGGCAGUUCAAAUCAAGAAAGUGCAGCACCCUUCAGUUAUCUCAAUGGGUUCAGUCUUGAAGUCUUUACUUAUGCAAGAGAUCCCACUGGUUUUACUGGGACCACUCUUGUGAGCAAGGACCUCAGAAUCAGGAGCUUUAUGAAGGAUUUUCCUUCAUGCUGGAUCCAAACUCACAUUCCUCCUCCUCAUACCUGCUGAUAUCACACUAUGUUACUGUAAAUUAUUGACAUCCAAAAAAUGCUGAAUUACCAAACUGGGAUUAGAAAAAAUGUUGUUUAUGUCAAAGAAAUGACUCUGAUGUCCUUUCAAGCUUCUAUCAUAUGUUUCAUGCAUUUUGUAUUAUUGUCACGCAUUUGGGCCCAUAGGAAGGUUGAAAGCGAUGACUACCUGAUUCUCACUGUACCGCUAGUAGAGGGCAGCUUAGUUGAUGGAAACAUCAUUUUCUCCUACCUCAAGAUAGCUGAAGUGUUUGCAGUUCUUGCUGCUUCAUCAGAGCAAAACACAUUUGUGACUCUGCGAUGAAUGUUCGUUCAGUUUUGCUAGUGAGAAUGACAGGGUUUACCCGUGCAUUUAUUGACUCGGAGGCAAAUCACACACCCCAGUCUGCAGGCACCAAGUGUCAUGGAUUAGAGCUGAUUGGAAAAUGGGGUGUUUCUGCCUUCUGCAGAAAAGGUUGACUUUUUGUCCAAAAAAAAAAAAUUGGCUGAAAAAUGCCAAUUUUGGCCAGAAAGAUAUAGACAAAAGCUCAAUAUUUUCUGCAGAAAGCACGCGUCUAGUGAAAAUUUUAAUUUUGUUGAAAAACCAAUUUUCUGUUGAUAAACAGGUUAGAAAGAGGGAAAUCUUCAACCAGCUUUAUCCUGGAUGCAGUUUUGCUGCAUGAGAGGCAGGAUUCAGGGAGCCUGCCUGUGCUCAGUGGUACAGAGCACACCUCUGUGGAGGCUGGCACGGAUCCGAAGUACCACACCUACAAAGAGGUUUGCCUUCCUGCCCAAAAGCAUUCCCUUUAUUUUGAGGAGGUAGGCAAGAUAUCCGCCUGUGUCUAUUGGGCUAUGCCAGUGUUUCCCAAACUUGGGACACCGCUUGUUCAGGGAAGGCCCCUGGCAGGCCGGGCCGGUUUGUUUACCUGCUGUGUCUACAGGUUCGGCCGAUCGCGGCUCCCACUGGCCGCGGUUUGCCGCUGCAGGCCAAUGGGGGCUGUGGGAAGCAGCGGCCGGUACGUCCCUCGGGAAACACUAGGCUAUGCAAAUGGUCAGUCGCUGAAUGUGCUUUGUGCAUACUGAAGUACUGACAAGGAAACACAAGACAAGGUGAGCUUUACAGCAAGAGAGCAGCACGCUUAGGAGCAGUGAGAGGUACAAAUCAAAGCAGGUGCUACCCUAGAAGUGGGGGAAUGAAAUUGCAUUACACUGCCCUGGCCCCCAAAUGCUCAGUGAUAGCGAGAUAGCUUCUCAGUCAUUUUAAAGUAAAACUUUAAUAAAAACUAUUCUGUGUUUUACUGGAAUAUGUUCUUCCAUGAUGUAAGAAAAAUACUCUGGAGCAGAAAAAUACAAAGUCAAAAGUUUUAAAGAAAAAUAGAAGGGGAUGUUUUCCCCCACUAUUCUUACUUCUUUGAAAUAUUUAAACUUUGGCAGAUGCACUGAAGAGUCACUGAGGAGUCUAGAAAGUGUCUUUUCUGUCAAUUUUCAGAGUAGCAGCCGUGUUAGUCUGCAUCUGAAAAAAGAACAGGAGUACUUGUGGCACCUUGGAGACUAACAAAUUUAUUAGAGCAUAAGCUUUCAUGGGCUACAGCCCACUUCAUCGGAUGCAUAGAAUGGAACAUAUAGUAAGAAGAUAUAUAGAUAUAGAUAUAUGUAUACACACACAUACAGAGAAGGUGGAAGUUGCUAUACAAACUGUAAGGCUCAUUAAUUAAGAUGAGCUAUUAUCAGCAGGAGAGAAAAACUUCCAUCCCACCGUCAACUUCAGCCUAGACCAAUCCACACAAGCGGUCCAUUUCCUGGACUCUACUGUGCUAAUAAGCGAUGGUCACAUAAACACCACCCUAUACCGGAAACCUACUGACCACUAUACUUACCUAUAUGCCUCCAACUUUCAUCCAGACCACACCACACGAUCCAUUGUCUACAGCCAAGCUCUAAGAUACAACUGCAUUUGCUCCAACCCCUCAGACAGAGACAAACACCUACAAGAUCUCUAUCAAGCAUUCUUAAAACUACAAUAGCCACCUGCUGAAGUGAAAAAACAGAUUGACAGAGCCAGAAGAGUACCCAGAAGUCACCUACUACAGGACAGGCCCAACAAAGAAAAUAACAGAACGCCACUAGCUGUCACCUUCAGCCCCCAACUAAAACCUCUCCAGCGCAUCAUCAAAGAUCUACAACCUACCCUGAAAAAUGAUCCCUCACUCUCACAGAUCUUGGGAAACAGACCAGUCCUCACUUACAGACAGCCCCCCAACCUGAAGCAAAUACUCUCCAUCAACGACACACCACACAACAAAAACACUAACCCAGGAACCUAUCCUUGCAAAAAAGCCCAAUGCAAACUCUGUCCACAUAUUUAUUCAAGUGACACCAUCAUAGGACCUAAUCACAUUAGCCACACCAUUAGGGGCUCGUUCACCUGCACAUCUACCAAUGUGAUAUAUGCCAUCAUGUGCCAGCAAUGCCCCUCUGCCAUGUACAUUGGCCAAACCUGACAGUCUCUACGCAAAAGAAUAAAUGGACACAAAUCUGACAUCAGGAAUCAUAACAUUCAAAAACCGGUAGGAGAACACUUCAACCUCUCUGGCCACUCAGUAAAAGACUUAAGGGUGGCAAUUUUGCAACAGAAAAGCUUCAGAAACAGACUCCAAUGAGAAACUGCUGAGCUUGAAUUAAUAUGCAAACUAGAUACCAUUAACUUGGGUUUGAAUAGAGACUGGGAGUGGCUGGGUCAUUACACAUAUUGAAUCUAUUUCCCCAUGUUAAGUAUCCUCACACCUUCUUGUCAACUGUCGAAAUGGGCUAUCUUGAUUAUCGCUACAAAAGUUUUUUUCUCCUGCUGAUAAUAGCUCAUCUUAAUUAAUUAGCCUCUUACAGUUUGUAUGGCAACUUCCACCUUCUCUGUGUGUGUAUAUAUACAGUAUCUUCUUACUAUAUGUUCCAUUCUAUGCAUCCGAUGAAGUGGGCUGAAGCCCAUGAAAGCUUAUGCUCUAAUAAAUUUGUUAGUCCCUAAGGUGCCGCAAGCACUCGUUCUUUUUUCCAUCAAUGUUUCUGAGAGAUGGGCCCCAACCAUAAACCUGGAUCUGAAUAUCCCUGAACGUGGGUCUAUAUCUAGUGUCUAUAUCUAGUACCUCCUGCCUGCCACUGGCACCACACCUGACCCUGCAAGGCCGUGCUGCUUUUAACCUUCACUUUUUAUCCAGAAACUAACUUUUCCCCCCAUGAUCCAGUGUAGCAAUCCAUUUCCCUCUGAUAUAUGUGGUAACUCUCAUCGGCAUUAACAUGUGGGUAUAAUGUGGGGAAAUGCAAGCAACUGAGUUUGGGUUUUGGUGAAAGUUAAAAGCAAUGCUGACCGCACCUUGAUCACAAUGAAACGUGUUUUUGCAAACAACUGGGUGUUUCCUUCUUACUCAAAUGGAGAAUUCCACAGUGUGACAAACUAGAGUAACAGCGUUAUUUUCCAGUACACUUGUGUAUUAACCUGCUAUUGUUCAAGGUUCCAGUCUGAAUACAGUUGCGCCCCCUUGUAGAUCAGCUAUUCCACCUGUUAGGUAGUUGUAAUUACUAUGGCAUUACAGUGUGUUAUUGUGCCAUCAGAACUCUUGGCAUCACUAUGACCUAACGGCAGGAGAAAAAAGGUAUUACAGUGAAAGCAGGAGCCCGUAUUUACUUUAACACUCUCAUCACUGACCCUCAGCCAAAGAAGAGAGGGAAGCGAAAAGCACCUGGAAAUGGGUUUAGCUUUUAACAGUGACACAUCUGAAAACGUUACCUAGUCUGAGAAUCCUUCUUUAGUACUAGUUAUGGAAUCAGCCAAACCGCAGCUUACUGAAGCACAGAAUGCACCCUUCCUUGACUGGGGGCUAAUUCUUUAUUAUUUCAUUAUUUUUAUUUAUUUAUUUUAAAAAAAUUAAGAACACAGAUGAAGAGGGAGGUGUGGCCCUCGGUGGGGCAAUCUAGCUAACAGCAGCUGGGGCUGUAGUUUCUUUUUAAAUUGUCUUUUGGGGGGAAUCUGCUGAAGGCAUGGUCCAGCACAUGUCCUUCAGCAGUGCCUUAUCCAACCACUUUUUUUUUUUUAUUUAAGCCAGAGGGGAGCAUUAGACUUUUGUUUAAUUAUAAAUGUAGCUUGGUUCAAUAGAGCAUUCAGAUGAAGUUCAGUAGCAUGGCAAAGUGAAAAGUAAACAAGCAAAGUGGUUUUAGUCCAUGUGCUUCUCAUGAGAGAUCCACGUGGUUGGAAUGUUAUGUUGAUCAGUUGUAUUUUUCCAAGCAAUUGGACACAGCAGGUUUAUGAGCGAGAGCAUUAAUGUCUACUCAUCGGAAAAAGGAAAACCGUUUCCCCCGGUGUCUUCCUUUGCCUGAGAGUGCUAUCCCUUAAAGAGGCAGGAUCCCUUCUAAUCAGCCACACGGUGCUCUGAAGAAUCUGCCAUCCCAUUUGUAAAUCUUUGUUAGCGUGAGCUGAUCUGCCUCUGUGAAUAGCAGGCUGAUACAGGAUGGACCAUACAAUUCUAACUCCUUAAUUUGGGCCAAACCCCGCUGUUUUUACUCAGGCAGAACUUCCACUGAUCUCAGUAGAGACAGCAGAUUUGAACUAUUGUUUCUCAAUUUCUGUGAGUAUGUCUGCACUGCAGCUGGGAGGUGAGAUUCUUAGUGUGGGCAGACAGACUCACGCUAGCUCGCUGAAAUAGCAGUGUGAAACUGACAGCGGCUCCGGCUAGCCAUCUGAACUCAGAACCCUGGGGCAAAUGGGCUUGGACUUGGGCAACUAGCCCCAGCUGCUGCCCAGGCCGCAACAUCCACGCUGCUAUUUUUAGCGUGCUGGCUCAAGCUGAGCUAGCACAGGUCUGUCUGCCUUUGCUGGGAAUCACACCUCCCAGCUGCAGCAUAGACAUCCCCUGUAUGCUACAAUACAAUACGGUGCUCAUUCAACAAAGCACUUGAGCCCCUGCUUAAUCACAUGCUUAAGGCCUUUGCUGAGCAGGGAGGGAUUUAAGUGCUUGCUUAAAAUUAAGCACAUGCUCAGAUUCUUUCCUGUGUGGGGCUUAAGCCAUAUUCUGCAGUCUAUAUGAUUUGAGCAAGGAUUUGCAGGACCCCAGGACCCUUUUGCUCAGAGGAUAAAAUAUAUUUUUCACUUAGUUCUAAGGCCACCAUCACAUGCAGCAGCAUUAAUUACAUUAGAGGCAGAAAUGAUUGCAUUAUAACUGAAAAAUCUCAACAUGUUUCUAACUUAAGACCAGUGUUUUCAAUCAGUUCACUUCAGCCAGGGGUAGAGCUCCUUCUUUUCACUGUUGCUAGUGCUGUAAUAGAUGUGGGUUUGGGGACUGCAUUCAUUUUAAAUAAUUCAGUGGCUUAGGAAUUAAAAGACCAUCAGAUGCUGUGAUCAGAAUGAAGUGCAGGGCAAUGCCUUUUCUUUGUUCCCCUGUUCUGCAGAAUUCCUCAGGUUAAAAAAAAAAAGUCACCAAAAUAACAGACUUUUUUCAAUUUCAAAGCCAGGGUAUUUGUUGAUCAAAUAAAAAUAAAUAAAUAAAUGAAGUCUUGUGCAAACAAAGCAUUACACUUUGUAUAUGUAAAUCUUUGGGAAAGCAUUAAAACAGUCAUCUCUGGUAUGAAGGAUUAAAAGUCAUUAAACAGAGGAGAGCGACUCUGUCUUCCUGCUGUUUCAUUGUGAUGUUUGUUGUAUAUAUUUGCACAUUAAACUGUGUUCCUUUUUUUUCUAAUAAACUAAGAUAAAAUUUAA